AUGGCUGGCGGCCUGUUUGCUGCCGCCGCGGCCGAGGCUCUGGCCACCAUCAACUCGGACGCUCUGCAGCAGACGGCUCGCUUGCGGCCCACGCCGCCACCUGUGGAGCAGGAUGCCGCGCUGGCCGACGAUGCUCUGGUUCUCGUCGAGCUGGUUGAGCCCGAGCCCGCACGCCGGUCCCGGACACGCGCCGGAUUGCGGGCAAGGACUCGCUCGCGGGGCGGUCGCCCGUCGUCGGCUGCUGCUGGCCGUGAUCGGAGCGCGCACGCCUCGUGGCGGCUGGCGGCAGGAAAGUCAGUCACAGUCUCAGCGGCGGCGCCAGGAUCGGCUACGCUUGCCUCCAGCCAGCGCUGGGGUUCGGGCUUUAUGGUCCGCGCAUACACUCCGGUCGUUCGCCAUGGUGGCGGCGCCUGGGCCCGCUCGCGCACGCCUCAGCACCGCCCGCACUCCCAGGCCCGUCCCUCGACAGCGCAUGGUGAUCCACGGUUCCGGCCGAUCACCUCGAUCCGCCGCCAAUCCUCGCACUCGCAGGCCGCGCCGGGCGUGUACAUCGCGUCGACACCGAUGAGCUUGAGCCGCCCGCCGCGCCCGCCAUCGGCGCCUAUCCAGGGCAGUGACCGCGUGUCAGUAUCGGCUGCGCCGUUAGCGGCUGCAUCGCCACGUCCGACGUCGGCUGGCCCUCGGGCGCGUCGCUCGCUCCGGGUCGCUGCGCCCGACCACGUGCGCCAGGCCAUCAUCGGCGCCAUUCGCAUGCUCACCAACUCCAACUCGGCGAGCCGCAUCAAGGUCUGUACCGACCUCCGGCAGCUCCUUGACUCGCUAGAGUCCGUCGAGGAGCGGGCGGCCAUGGCCGAGAUCUUUGCUAUUGAGUUUUCGGGCGUGCCGCUUCUGGUCCAGCUCCUCAAUGCUGUUGUCGACAACGAGCGGUUCAACUAUCUGCCGUCGUCGAUUGCCGCCCGCCUCGAGGCCUCGCACCGCCGCAACGCCCGGGCCUUUGGCCUCCCGAGAGAAGAUCGCGCAGAUUCCAUGCUCUCGGUGCGGGCUGCAGAAAUUGUGCCCAUCACCCAGCUGCUGCUGGUUUUGGUGGUGGCGUCGACCGAGGCCGCUGCCGCGCUGGCCGAGUGCAACGGCCUCGACGCGCCGGUGGCGCUGCUCGAGGCCAAAGGGAGCCGGCAGCUCGAGCGGGUGUUGCGGUUCCUGGCACAGCUGCUGCGGAGCCCGAGCGAUGGCGCCCUCGCCAUCCUCCGCUGUGCUUUUGUCGACGCCGGCGGCCUUGCGUGCCUCAUGCAGUUGCUGGCGUCGCUGACCACGGCUCGUGACCGGACACGGCUGCUUGUCUUUGCAGCGCUUCGCGGUGCGCUGGCAGCCUGCCCUCAAGCGAUGGAUGCCUUUCUGGAAGCUCACGGCCCGAUGCGUGUUCUCGCACACAUGUCGGGAUCGUCGAUGGGUGUCAAGGCGGCUGCCGCCAACACCCUUGGCUUUGCCUGCAUGGAGGAUGCCCGGGUGCGGGCGGCGCUGGCGGCCGCUUCGGGUGUGCCGGCGUUUGUGGCUCUUGUCAAGGCGCGCCAGUCUCCGGCCGCCUUUUCAGCGCUUGCCGAAAUCUGCAGUGGCUCGUCGGUCAAUGUCCAGGCCGCUGCCGCCGCUGGCGCGCUGCAGGUCCUGGUACGGACGCUGCGCCGGCCAUCGCGCGCCACCGCUGUCCAUGUCGCUGCAGUCAACACCCUCAUGGCGCUGGUCGACGGCCAGCCGCAGCUGGCCGACGCUGCCGGCGAGACCACCCUCAUCCGUGACAUGAUCAACAUGCUCGACCGCGACGAUCUGGUCGAGUCUGUCGGCGCUGCCCUUGUCAUCCUCGCCCGCGAGCACGUCAACAAUGCCGCCCGCCUCGAGCACUACGUCCCACUGCUGGUGACGUAUCUAGAGGUGGCACGCGGCGCAGCGCGCCAGGCUGCUGCCGCGGCUGACAUCCUAGCUGCCAUGGCCACCCGCGCCCCGUUCCAGAGAACCAUGAUGCACGAGGCGCUGCUGCGAGUCGUCGGAUGGCUGCAUCUCGCGACAACGUCCAAGCUGGAUGAGGAGCACGGCCUGCAGAUUGCCGCCUCCAUGCUCUUCUGCCUUGAGGCUGCAACUCGCGACGCGCCGCGCAACGUCGAGCUGGUCCGCGAAAUGGAGGCCACCGUCCUCCUUGACUCGGCGUGCGACGUCGUGGCUCGAGUUGAUGACGUCGACGCUAGCCUUGAGACCGUGGUGGCCUGCUUGCGCGAGCGGCUGGCGUGA